UCUAUGAGUGACGGGUAUAAGUACCAGCCUUUUUAUUUCUAUGUUCAUUCAUUUUUAUAUAAGAUACGGAUGUAAGUACAAUGUACUUCGUACAUGCAGUACAGUGAUUAUGCUUAUCGCAUCCUCUGGUAAUUAAUGAAAUAUAUAUAAAAUCAUUCUGUUAUACAUUUUUGCCCAGAGCGGUUGUACCAUCUCAUUAUGUUCGUGUGGUCUGUAAUUUAUUUACUUUUUGCUUUGGUCGCACGGGAAUUUUACGGAUCUUUGGCAGAAAUGCAGAAAGGUGACCGAUGUGGCGCAUUCUGUCUGACCGUAUUGAAGCCACUAAUCGACCACAUAGCAAUGCAUCAGCAGCAAUGGAAUAAUUACUUAGAUGUCCUGGAAAAACUAGAUAGUCAGCAUACCGCCCAAAUGUCAGUCUUGCAGGAAGUACUAACAAAGAUCGGCAAGAGAUACUUCUAUGUCGAAAGGAAUCACCACCAGAACUGGUUCUGUGCCUCGAAAUCCUGUGUUGAAAUGGGCGGACAAUUGGCGGUCAUCCAAGAUGAACAGGAGCUACGGGAUCUUAGGAGGCGAAUCACCCACGAUACUAGCUAGUGGCUGGACAUCAACGAUCUGGUAAACGAGGGACAAUAUGUUUCCUGGACAACCGGCAAGCGAGCGCCGUUUUUAACAUGGCAAUCCGGUGAACCAAACAAUGCACAUGAAAGGGAACAUUGCGUCGACCUCUACAAGGGCGUUUUUUACGUUGAUAAGUGCGAGACGAGAUACUAUUUUAUUUGCCAAGUCAGUGAAGAUUAAAAAACGUAAUAUUUGUACAGCCUUUGUAAGCAAGCGUUAAUAAGGCAAUUUUAAAAUUCCCCUCACAAAGAAACGGUGUUGCCAACACACAUGGUUUGUACUUAUUCCUUAAGUCUGGCAGCUCUGCAGUAUUUUUGGUAUCUCCAUAAAAUACCAAAA